AUGCUAGAUAUGCAGGAUGAAGCGGUCCAAGUCCGUGGGGAUCCUCCCGCAUACUGGAGAGAAGGCAUGGGCUUUGCCAAAGAUCGCUGGGAACAACGAGUAUUGCCACUACGGCCUCAGGGUCUGCCCGUUCCAUCAGAGGACAUUGGCUAUUUUGACCGCUCAUUCAAUGACGCCGUUCUGGAAGAAAGGGCCGACCCAGAGCAAUUGGCUGUGUUCCACUUGCGAGGCACUGGCCCCGAAGGUGUCAGUGCGGCGGUCAAGGCAUUGGGUGGGGACGACAUGAGCUUGUCCCUAAUGCUUUCUCCACAUGGCAACAUGGGGACUGCGCAGAGGUACCAUACUCGUGAAGAGAUUUAUCUGACCGACGCUCGACCGCCUGCAUUCGCAAAUCCGCCUGCAGAUCUGCAGUGCUCAGUCUGCUAUGGCAUACUGUCUCAUCCAGUGAAGGUCACUUGUGGGCACAAAUUCUGUUAA